GUGGGGGCCGGCGGUGCUCACCGGAUGCCGCGGCUGGGUCAGCCCUGGACUCCACGCCCCGGCUCGGACGCGGUGGGCGGAGUUUGGGCUUCAGGAAAGUGACUAGGGCGCUGGAAUCCGGGGCCGAGCCAAGGAUUUCACUCAGGAUCCCCCGGCUGGACAGAGCGAACCUCUGGCCCUUCCCCACCCACCCCCUCCGGCUACCUGGACGGACAGGAUCUGGGAAGUCGCUUUGGGGGACGGGGAGAAGACACCCGCACCCGGGCGCUCACCGAGCCCCCUCCAACCCCCCUGAGCAUGUCCGAUUCCGAUGACAUAAGUGAGUUUGGAUUCAUCGUUGACAGGAUCUCCCGGGGCGAGGUUCCCAUUAAAAACAUAGAGCGGGAGCUGAUCUGCCCAUCAUGUAAGGAGCUCUUCACUCAUCCCCUGAUCCUGCCCUGCCAGCACAGUGUCUGUCACAAGUGCGCCAAGGAGCUGCUGCUAUCCAGGGAGGAUGCAAAUACCGAGACGGACUCGGAGUUCUCGAACCCAGCCACCCCUGUCAGCAGUCCCAGAGCUCGCCGCCUCUCCUCGGCCAGUGUUGAGAGGCUCGACAGACUCUCCCGGACAGGCUGGAAACGAACUAUCCACAGUCAAGGAGUCACCACCUUCCCUUGUCCUAGCUGUAAGCGUGACAUAGAUCUUGGAGAACGAGGCAUCAGUGGUCUGUUCCGAAACUUUACCUUGGAAACGAUUGUAGAGAGAUACAGGCAAGCUGCUCGAGCCGCUGUGGCUAUCAUGUGCAACCUCUGCAAAGCACCCCCCAGCGAGGCCACAAAGAGUUGCAUGGACUGCAAAGCGAGUUACUGUAAUGAGUGCUUCAAACUUCACCAUCCCUGGGGCACUCCAAAGGCUCAGCAUGAGUAUGUAGGACCAACCACCAACUUCCGACCCAAGGUUUUGAUGUGUCCUGAGCACGAAAUGGAAAAAGUGACCAUGUACUGUGAGGUAUGCAGGAGGCCCGUGUGUCACCUCUGUAAGCUUGGUGGGUCACAUGCCAACCACAAAGUCACUUCUAUGAGCAGUGCCUACAAAGUCCUCAAGGAGAAGCUGUCUAAGAGUAUUGGUUACCUCAUCAGCAAAGAGGACCAAGUGAAAGCUCAGAUCUUUCAACUGGAACACAUGAUUGACCAGACAGAGAGGAAUGGAGAAAGGUCGAGAAGAGAAGCAACUGAUUUGAUUGAAAGGCUGUGCAGCAUCUUGGAACAGCGCAAAAUGAAGCUUAUCAAGUCAAUUGAGGACAGCCGGACCUCAAAACUGGAGAGGUUGCGAUACCAGAUGGAUGAAUAUCAGGGAAUGCUGGAAAAUAGUGGUCUGGUGGGCUAUGCUCAGGAAGUUCUGAAGGAAACGGACCAAUCCUGCUUUGUGCAGACAGCAAAGCAACUGCACACUAGGAUCCGAAUGGCCACCGAAUCUUUGAAAACCUUCCAGCCAGCUGCAGAACCGUCCUUCACAGAGUUCACUCUGGAUGUUUCUAGAGAGGAGGAGCUGCUAAAAGAAUUGUCUUUCACAAAUGUUCCAGAUGCACCAGUUAUUGACCAGAAGCAAAGCCGGCUGUAUGACGAAGGCAUCAUCUGUUGGCAGCAGCCUGGAGGCACCCCUCCUGCUGACUACUAUAAACUUGAAUACAGAAAACUUGAUCAAGAUGGAGACUGUGUCUGGCAGUCCACUGAGGAUGUGAGCGGAACAAGUAAAAUUGUCUCCAACCUCGACACCAAUAGCAGUUACCUCUUCAGAGUGAAAGGGUGUAAGAAUUCUAGUUACAGUGACUACAGCAAGGAAGUAGUUUUCUGUACACCACCUGCUCCAGUUUUUAGGUUUUUAUUUGAUGAGAAUUGCGGCUACAACAGUGAUCACCUGGUUCUCAGCAAGCAGAGAGACUCUGUGGAGAGCGUGGCUGGGCUUCCUCUGUUGCUAGGUGCAGAGCGGAUUAUGGUUGGAAGUUACAUCUCCCUGGAUUUCAUCACGGGAGACACAGGAAUAACAAAAGGGAAGUACUACUGGGCCUUCCAUGUGGAUGCAUCUUCCUACCUGGUUAAAGUAGGCGUGGUGUCUGAUACAAAGCUGCAGGAGUGGUUUCACAGUCCACGUGAUAUCAACAGUCCCAGGUACGACCAUGACAGUGGACACGACAGUGGGAGCGAAGAUAUUGCUUUGGAACACUCCCAACCUUUCACUUUUGUCACUAUAGGAAUGAGGAAGUUCUUCAUCCCAAGAAGUCCUUCCACUUCAUGCACAGAAUCUUGUGACCGCUUUCUAUCUAUGCCCAAUCGGAUUGGCAUUUGUCUGGACUAUGACAAAGGGAAAGUCAGUUUCCAUGAUGGAGACAACAUGCAGUGUCUAUAUGAAAGGCGCGUGGAAUGUUCUGGAACAAUGUACCCAGCCUUUGGGCUAAUGGGAGGAGGUUCAGUGCAUCUGGAGGAAUUGGUUGCAAUGAAAGAGUUGAUCUACAAGAUUUAGUAUCUUAAUUCUUGAUUGUUGGGAGGCUUCUUUCCAUAUAUAUGAGAAGAGCUUUUAGGAAAAUAUUUGCUUCCCCUGUUUGUAGCACUUUAUGGCAUGCAUUGCUUGAAGAACCUUGGCAUGUAAUUCCACAUGUGAAUGGUUCUCAGUAUAGUUUUGUGCAAUACACAUUCACUGAUUAGAUAAAAUGUAGUGGGGCAGCUUAAUGCUCUGAAAUCUUUUCUUCCUCAUUACCUCUGCUUUACUUUUUUUUUGGUGCAAAUAGGAUUGCUGGAAGUACCCCUCAAAGGAAAUAAUGCAGCUGAAGUGUGUUAAUAACUUUGUUAAUGUAUAUGUAGCAGCAACAAAUUGCAGUUUGAUAUUUAAAGUUUUCAAUGUAAAAUUUUGGAUCCAGCUGCACUGUUUUUUGAGAUUCCCACAUUACACUACAAAGCUACCAAUCAAACAUAGUCAUGCUAUCUAUAAAAACUGACCAGUGUCAUUUGGUGAAAAGAAACUUUGUGCAACUUUUAACAUGUCAAAAUACUAGAUACAUUCAUGAAUAUUCAUACUAAUCCACACAUGAUUUCUAAAUGCACAUAGUGCAAGUUGGCACUGUGGGUGCUGAGUCCAGGACCAAUAGAAAAGGGUGUCAAAGCAAGAGUGAGUAAAGGUAUUGUGGAUGUUUCCUGACACUUCCAGUUGCUCAAUUAAGAGGGACUCCUGUGGGAAUCAAAACCACAGCAAUGUUGAUCAACACCUGAGUUAUGAUUUAUUGAAGGAACAGAAUUUUUUAACUUAUCAGUGAUAGUAAUAUGUACUGAUUUAAAAAAAAAUACGCAAUUCAAGUCUUGCUCUGCCAUUUCUUUUCCUAUUCAUAUUGCUACAUUGGUUUCUAGAUUUUUGCAUUUUUUUUCUUCAUGAAACUAUUCACUGUCUUCCUCCUCUCCCUGACUCCUUCCCAUUGUAGCAUGAUUUGCAAAGAAACUGAUUUAAUUGGCAAAAAGCAAAUUGCAAUGGAUAUUGUUUACCCAUAACCACCAAGGACGAUAGACAACACCAGGCCAAUCUUGGAUAUGAUGAGGUCUCUUGUGUAUCAAUGAAUUUUGGAAUCUUGUUUCACCUAAACAGAUAAACCUCUUCAUUGUACUGGAAGAAUUAAAUUAAUGGUAUAUUUAAUAGUUCAGAUUUGUUUUUACUAAUUUCUGAAGGAUUCAGAACAUUAACCUGAAACAAUGAAUGCACUCGUAGUCGUAAUAAGGUGGGGGGGGGGGGGGGGAGCAACGGGAGUGAAAUUAAGGAGAAAUCGGCUGAAGAUGGUGCUCCCUGUUACUGUCCAGUGACCCUUAUUGGAAAGUUAUGGGAUUGACAAGUUCUGUGAUAUUGUCUUAUUGUAAUUACACCUGUCAAUGGUAGCACUGUGAUGCCCUAAUUCUGCACUUCCCAGUUCCUUGGCUUGUAAGGAAGGGAAGCUUUAAUGUUUGUUCUUUGCUAUGUUUUUCAAAUAUUACACAGUAAUAAAUGAGGGCAGUAUGAUUAACCCUAAAGUGGAAACUGUUUCUUCUGGCAGCCCUUGUCCAACUGUUCCCUGCUCUUGAACCACAUGCAAUUUCCCCUUCACUAACUUAUUGAGAGAAAACUUGAUGGGAAAGGGGAAGAUUUCAAGGUGGCUUUGUAGGAGAGGGAGCAACAGCAGGUAAUCAAAGUGUGUGUGGCACUCUGCCAGGACCCUGUACAGUGAAGGGAGGGAUCAUGAGGAAAAAAGUAGGGGGUGGCAGGAAGUGGAUGGGGAAGUGUUGGUUGAAGGCCAAGGUUAAUUUUCUUCUAUGCUGGUGAGGUAAAGUUACAAUGGAUAUGUUUGCAGCUCAAUGA